GCGCAGAAGGCGGGAUAUUUAUGAAUACGGGUGGGGGUGAAAAUAACACCAGGCGUGGCGUAAAUACUUCCGCCUUUCUCAAAGGACCACAAAAAUGACGGCGACCUUGCGUCCGUACCUGAACGCCGUGCGUGCCACCCUUCAGGCGGCCCUGUGUUUGGAGAACUUCUCCUCUCAGGUGGUAGAACGGCACAACAAGCCAGAGGUGGAGGUCAGGAGCAGCAAAGAGUUGCUGUUGCAGCCGGUGGUGAUCAGCCGCAACGAUAAGGAGAAAGUCCUGAUCGAGGGCUCCAUCAACUCGGUACGGGUCAGCAUCGCCGUCAAACAGGCGGAUGAGAUCGAGAAGAUCCUGUGCCACAAGUUCAUGCGCUUCAUGAUGAUGAGAGCAGAGAACUUCUUCAUCCUGCGAAGGAAACCUGUGGAGGGCUAUGACAUCAGCUUCCUCAUCACCAACUUCCACACGGAGCAGAUGUAUAAGCACAAGCUGGUGGACUUUGUCAUCCAUUUCAUGGAGGAAAUCGACAAAGAGAUCAGCGAGAUGAAGCUGGCUGUCAACGCACGCGCUCGCAUCGUCGCCGAGGAAUUCCUCAAAAACUUUUGAGGACCUGUCUCUGCACUCUUUAUGGAGUUUCCUGGAGAGAGAGAGAGAGAGAGACAUCGCAGGCUUUUAAAGCUCAGCAGGAGCUCAUCGUCAGUGAAUCAACCGUCAAAAACGAACCCGAGGAGCGACCGGCCGACCGACCGACCUGCGACAUCGUACGCAGCGUCCCCUUGUCCCCCUUUUCGCCUUCUGUCUUCUGUUUAAGGUGCUUCUUGUUCCCAUGAAUAUUGAUAAUUGCACAUUUGAACAUAAACAAACGUUAACUCCCUUUUUCUGUGGAAAAAAAAAUACUCAAGGUCAAGGCAGGUCCUUAAAGUAUUAUUCAAAUAUCUAUUAAUAUUGAUGGGGACAGGAAAUACCGUUUCCACCUCGUUUGUAAAGGCUCCAGUGGCUUGAAUUCUCAUUCUGUUUCGUCUUUUAUAUACUCCGUGUGUUGGAUUUUUUUUGUUUGUUUUUGUUAUUAAGGAAAAAUAAUAAUACGUGGUAUCACGACAGGAAAAAAGUAGGUGUUUAUAUUUUGACCUGAUUCUGAUUCCAGGUGAAAAGUAAAAGUAAAAUGAAUGACUGCAAAAAAAAAAUGUAAAAGUGAUGGUAGCGAUAAAACCAAUAAAGAUAUAUUGCGCUUUGUGUA